AUGUUUUAUCCUGUAGAAUCCUUGAAGAGAGGAGGCAGAUUUUACUUAUGUUGGGUCGCAGAUUCAUGGCCUCUACGUUUUGCGACGAUAACUCAUCGACAGCUUUGGUCUCAGGAUAUUCGCAAAAUAUGUGAUGAUUUACUUGAAGUGAUGACGAGUGAAUCUGGUCGUACUAAAAAUAGGUUUUCUUUACGACUAAGUUCCCAGCUUAUGCGUGGAUUAGUUCGUUUGUAUCAAAGAAAAGUUACGGUAUUUGUUGGUGAUCUAUGCAUGAUUAAUGCCAUCGUAAUGAAAAGUACCCAUAAACAUACACAUACACAUGAAACAACUAUUCGCCAAGAGCUGCCAAGUUUAGUGUUUGAAGAGCCAGUCGAUGAUGACAAGAUUGAAGAACGUAUUAGGAAUAGUGGUAAUACUGUAGCCCAUGUCCAAGACAUAACAAUGAAUGAACCCAUUCUACCAGAAAACAGGAUGUUUUUAGAUGAUAACUUCGGAGAAAUCCAUCCCGAUCAAAACAUUCAGCUGCUAGUCGACAGAUCAGUGGAGAUGAUGUUAGUGCAGGACUCGUCCGCCCCGCACCACAGCGGGCUCUUGCCCGACACGUCCGCGGACCGAUCGCACGACCAGUCGCACCUCGCACCACUCGACCCCCAAAUGCAGAGGAUAUCCGAACAUGACAUAUCUGUGUUCAGGAAAUCGGUCGGCGAAGCUUUAACCUCGGGCGUUGAUUUCGACAAAGAAAUACCCGAAAUUCCCGAUAUCCCGCCUCCCGACCUGCACGCUCCUACAGAGAAGUUAGUUUUUAAUGAAAGGAUUAUUUAUUUAUAUUUUGCUACCAUCAUUCUCAUAGAUGAUAUUAGAAUACAGUUGCAGUUGUAUAAUUUUUUUUUUUUGUAUUUUUUUAAUAGUCAAAAAGAACAAACUUUAGUGGUGGACACAACAGUUUCGAAAGCUAAUGAUACAAUUCAAAAUGAGCAAGAAAAAACACUUGAAGAAAUUGUUUUAGAGGAACUAGAUGAGCCUCAGGUGAAGAAGCGUAAAUUAAAAAGUAAAUUAAUUAUAGACAAGAAAACACAACUCAGUUCUAACUUUCUACGAUCGAGAAUCGCUAAUAUUAAUGUCGAACUUCGCUGUGAGGACAGCUUAGACGAUAUAAUAAAAAUCUAUCCUACUUCUAAUAUCCUACUCAAUAGAGCGGCACACUGUGGAUCGGGAAUACGUUCAAACCUAGGAUACAAACUAGCGCACAUGUUCGCAAGAAACCUAGGAACAGGUUUUAGACAACCUGUGGACGAUGUUGAGGAAGCGGUAGGUAGACAAACAAGACAGUCCCACAUGAGGUCGCUUCUAGAGAAAAUCGACGAAGAAGCCGAACCAGCUGAGAAAGUUAUCGAACCAAUACACCAUGAAAUACAAGAUAUUUCGAAAGAAAUUAACAUCACUGGUAAUAUACAAAAUGAACUACAAGUGGCGCCGGGUCAAGAAGUAAUGGACAUUAGCGACUUGCCGACACAAAGAAUAUUGAGAACAUCUCAGGCGGACGAUAUAAAUGAACCUGCGCCAAAAAGGCAACGUCGAAGUGGCUACGUAUCGUAUAGGCUAAGCCAACAGCUUACUACAGAACUGUCAAAUAUAGAAUCUAAUAAAGAAAACAUAAUCGACUUUGAAAAACGUCAACAAGACGCGGAACGUUUAACAGCGAUGUUAGUCGAAGCGGGCUUAGCGGAUAUACAGGAACAAGAGAGACCGACAGAAACAGAAGCUUAUCAAGUAACAGUUACUCAGAAGAGUAGGAGAAACGGUAGCGAUACUUCUGAAACUCCGCUAGGAAGUCUGGACAGAACUAAAGUGUCUCUUGGCGAUUCGGAGAAAACUACAGAUUCGAGACGUUUUAUUCGUGAGGAGUGGGGAACCCAAGGCACGAUGUACAAGAUCUACAAAUGCAUAAAGAAAGGUGUCAAACCGUUAGACCUGCAUUACCUCAUAAACAGAGGGCCCACCAUAGCGGGACACCGCCGGGUUAUUGCUGCUCGCUGUUUUAGUUCCAUACUUAAACUGAAACAACAUGGAUUUAUUACAGUUAUAAAACAUUCUAACACUAAUGAAAUUAAAGAUAUAUCUCUGGGAAGCAAGAUUAUUACGAGCAAGAGACAUGAUUACUAAGUAAUUUGAAACAUCUGUUUCAUUACAUAACUAUAGAUUUUUUUUUCUUAUUACUUUUAUUGUUUAAAGUUUGAAAUAUAAUUGUUACAUUGAUUA